AUGGCAAUGAAGAACUCAGGUGCAAUAUCGCCAAUCGACCGACGAAUGGGGAAAGUACAAGAAACGGUCCUAUCCCGAGUCUACGGUCUCCCAAAAGUUAACAAAGAGGGCGUUCCUCUCCGACCUAUCGUAUCACUAAAGGGCACUCCAACCUAUGGACUGGCAAAGUGGCUGUUCAAACGUCUCAAGUUUCUGACCUCCGAUCCGAACACCACAGUCAGCUCGUCCUCGCAAUUCUUGGAUAAACUUAAAGGAGUAAGUCAACUGCCAAGCGAUAUCAUGGUUUCCUUUGAUGUCACGUCCCAUUUUACGUCUAUCCCGCAGGACCUGGCAGUCGAAACCAUCGAACUACUCCUACGAGAGAAAUACGACGAAACGGAGAAUCGCCUCGGACUCGCCCAAAUUAUUGAGCUCCUGAAGUUCUGUCUUAAGACGUACUUUAAGUUCGACGGAACAAUCUACGAGCAGGUGAAGGGAACGCCAAUGGGUUCGCCGAUUUCGGGAUUCAUAGCCGAGGCGGUCCUACAACGGCUGAAUUCGCUGGUUUUCCGACAUCACAGACCGAAAUUCUGGGCUCCGUAG